GCACAGGAUAGGUGCUUGUGUGUCUGUGUAAUAUAUAUAUAUAUAGAAGGCAGAGCGUUCCAUUAGAUUCCAGUUAUACCACAGAGCUGGUAGAGAGUCUGUCACAUGAACAUGUUUGUGAAGAUGCAGAAUCAUGUUGUUCCUCUAUUGCUGCUGUUGCACUGUCUGUCUGGGGGAAAGGUCACCAAAGGUCAAGGCAUAGAAGUCGCCAGAGGUCAAGAUGCUGACCCGGACAUCGGGGCUGAGCUGAAGGAAGACAGGCAAAAGGUGGAGACAGAGAGAACCGUCCCUCAACUUGACGACAUUGAGACACAGAAUACAGAGGCCAGACUGGUUGUCCUUGAGAGACUUGUAAUGGAGCUGAAGAGAGAUAACUCAGAGAAGGAGAACAGGCUGAGAACGGCAGAGAACCAGGUACUGCUACUGACGGCUGAGAAUAAAGAAAGGAAGGUGGCAUUCUCUGUUGCUUUAGGAAUUAAUGGUUACUAUGGACCCUUCGAAACAUCAACUACCCUGGUCUACAAGGACAUAUUCACCAACACAGGCGAACACUACAACCCAUUAAAUGGUGUCUUCACUGCACCAGUGAGAGGGGUGUAUUACUUCAGAAUCGCCUUGUUCGGAAUCGUGGUACCAAACAGCGGCAUACACUGCAACCUCCGUCGAAACGGCGUUAUAACCCUGAAGGCAGGUCUCUGGGAGUACAUUGUAAUGUCCCAGCAUCAUGUUGCUAACGCUGCCGCUUUGCUGCUGGAGAAGGGAGAUUUGGUUGACGUUGAACUGGGGGGGACCCAAAUCUAUGACGACAGCCACAAAAGAAACACCUUCAGUGGCUUCCUGCUUUUCCCAGUGGCAGCUAACGUGUAAAACCAAACAGCAAUGAAGCCUUCAGCCAUUUUGUGCUAAAACAUAAAUUUUUUGCGCUCAUCUUUGUGCAAUUUGUCACAAUUGUUUUGUUUCUGGCUAGAUAAAUAAAGGUUUUACAGCACA